AUGUCCACCAUCUCAUCAAUCUUUGAUCCCCUGGGCUUCAUCGCUCCUUUCACACUUCUAGCAAAGAAGCUGUUACAGGAUUUCUGCCGCAAUGAAGAUCUUGACUGGGAUGACGACAUUCCGGAAGACUGCCGCAGUAAAUGGCUAAGAUGGUGUGGAAAGCUUCCGUUACUAGAGCAAUUUCACAUUGAUUGGUGUUACAAGCCGCCAGGUUUUGGCCCAGUUGUCUCCAGACAGCUCCAUUUGUUCUCCGAUGCAAGCACGGUGGGGUAUGGAUGCGUUGCCUGCCUACGUCUAAUGGAUGACAUAGAUCGCAUACAUUGUUCCUUUUUAAUGGGGAAGGCUCGUCUUGCACCUGUUAAGACUGUAACAGUCCCACGCUUAGAAUUAACUGCAGCAACCGUGUCUGUUCGCGUGGGAUAA